AUGGAGAAUAUCGAAAAUUUUGGGAAAAUCGGGAAAAAGGUGGGUUUUUAUGCAAAGUGCAAGCUAAAAUUAUUUUUGAAAAUCGUAAUAUGAACCUUUGUCUUCAUUUAUUAGCGCUUUUAUAAAGUGCAUGGACCUUAUUUCCGCCGCCGCACAGGAAAGCCAUCGAAAGAGACCCCGAGGGUAAUCGAUGGCGUAGAUUCCAAAAAUCAUAUUCGGUUUCCCGAUUCUUACUUUUUUGCUUAAGUAGUAAUGUUAAAAAGUAAUUUUUUGAAUUUUUUCUAAAAAUAGUCGAUUUAGGGGUUAUCGAGGGUGCUGAUUUCGAACUUAAGGAAAAAAGUAACUAUCAAAGAAAAUGAAUGCCAAUUUCGAAAUCAGCACCCUCGAUAACCCCUAAAUCGACUAUUUUUAGAAAAAAUUCAAAAAAUUACUUUUUAACAUUACUAGUCGCGGCAAAAAGUCCUUAGAAUUUUUCGCGGCCCCCAAAUCUCAUCGCACCCCGAAAUGUUGAUUUGUCGCGGGAAUCGCGCGCGACAAUAAGGCAAAAACAAGAAAAUUGCACUGUGCAAAAGCACUUUUCGGGUGCAUGCACAGUGCGGAGUCGCAGAAAAUUCUAAGGACUUUUUGCCGCGACUAGUACUACUUAAGAAAAAAAGCAAGAAUCAGAAAAAAACGAAUAUGAUUUUUGGAAUCUACGCCAUCGAUUACCCUAUUUUUGACCUUUUCGGCCAUUUCGGGGAAACAUCGAAAGAGACCCCGGAUUCCGGGGUCUCUUUCGAUUCCGGGGGUCUCUUUCGAGGAAAACCGCCGCACAAUGCGUUUUGAACUUUUUCCCUCGCUUGUCCCCAACGCACUGUGCAUUUUUUGCACAGUGCGUUUUUUCUUUUCGCACCGUGCAAACCUCGAAAAAAGUCGUUUUUGCAAAUUUUUGAGCGAUGGACAUUUUUUCUCUUCUCGCACAGUGCAUCUUUUGAACCUUUUCCCACACUUGUCGCCAACGCACAGUGCAUUUGUCACUUUUCGCACAGUGCAAACCCAAAAAAGAUUUUUGCACUGUGCAGAUUUUUGAGCGACGGACAUUUUUUCGCUUUCGCACAGUGCAUUUUGAACUUUUUCCCACCCUUGUCCCCAAUGCACAGUGCAUUUUUUCUUUUCGCACCGUGCAGGCCUCAAAAAAGAUCGUUUGCACUGUGCAAAUUCUUCAGCGGAACCGCGGCGGAGCGGUCGAGAAAAGUUUACGUCGCAGCGAUAUUUCUUUUUUCGCACAGUGCAAAACCAAAAAAAGUGAAUGCACGGUGCAAAAAAUCGGAGAUUUUUUUCGAAAAUCGGAGAUUUUUGUGCACUGUGCGUUUUUUGCUUUUCGCACCGUGCAAACCUCAAAAAAAAAAAGAUUUUUGCACUGUGCAAAAAAGUGAGCGAUGAACAUUUGCUCUGUUUCGCACAGUGCAUGUCGAACUUCUUUCCCGCGUUUGUCGCCAACGCACUGUGCUUCAGCGUGGGAAAAAGUCCAAAAUGCACUGUGCGAAAAGAGAAAAACUGUCCGUAGCUCAAAAAUUUGCACAGUGCAAAAAUCUUUUUUGGGGUUUGCACAGUGCAAAAAAGUGAGAAAUGCACUGCACGUCAAACUGAGAUAAGCUAAAACAUUCCGGUGAAUGGAUUGGCAAUUUUCCAAAAAAAGACGCGAAAAAACAUUUUGUCGGGGAAGAAAUGGGGAAUUUUUGGGGCGAGAGAGUACGCUUUUGCGUGUAUUUUUUUCUCUCUUUCUCUGGAAAUCAAGACGAAGUGUAAAAAACCCAUAGCGAAGUGUCUAUUCCGGUCACCGGACUCCUCAGUUUGACGUGCACUGUGCGUUGGCGACAAGCGUGGGAAAAGGUUCAAAAUGCACUGUGCGAAAGAGAAAAAAUGUCUAAAAUGUCCAUGCACUUUAUGAAAAAAAAAAUAAAUUUUGAAAAAAAAUUCAAAUUUCAAAAUUAAAAAAAUUUUGAAAAAAAAAAUUUUAAUUUUCAGCGUCCUCAACUCAUCGAGACAUUCCACGACCUCACUCGGACCACUCGAAUCCCCCUGAAAUUAGUCCAAAAGUCAUCAAUUUCCAAAAACACCCGAAUUUUUCGCUUCGCUCUCCCCUCUCCGAGCCAUAUUUCGGGCCUGGAGCCGGGCCAUCACGUCCGAAUUUCGAAUCGCGUCAACGACAAAUGCUGUGGCCGGCUUUACACACCAAUCUCGGACGAUGAAUUGGUCGGGUUCAUCGAUGUUUUGGUCAAAAUUUACGAGAAAUCCGAGGCAUUUCCGAGCGGCGGGUUUUUUUCGCAAUAUUUGGACAACUUGAGGAUUGGUAAGUGGAUAAUAUUGUGGUAUUUUGGUAUGUUCAAAAGUUUUUUUUGUAUUUUAGAGAAGAAAAGGGGUUUUGAUUGGAUUUUUUGAGGGUUUUGGACCUUAUUUUAGGUCUUUGUCAUCAUAAAUAAUAUAAAAAUUUUUUUGAUUUUUGUUAUUUUUUGGCGUGUAUUUGAAAAUAUUAGAUAGUAUAUGAGUUCUACUUCAUUUUGGGGCUAAACCGAACUUUUUUCAUCGGGUUUAGACCUUAUUUAGACAUUUUUUUGUCAUGGAUAAUAUAAAUUUUCCUCAAUUUGCAUAGAUUUUUUCCGUAUUCGGCAUAAAGGAGGUGCCUGGAGUAAAUUCUGAUUCAUUUUUAGUUAUCCUAGCCUCUUUUUUGACCAGAUUUUAACAAUUUUUUUGUCAAGAAUAAUAUAAUUUUUUCAAAAAAAAAGUAUUAAUUUCGGCCUUUCUAGGUGACAAAAUCAACUUCCAAGGCCCAAUCUUAAGUUUUAUCGGUCUGUCGGGAAAAUAAUGAGGGCUCAUUAUUUUCCCGACAGACUGGUAGUACUCAAAAAAAUAAUUUUUUUUACAUUUUUUUCGAACAGAUCCCUAAAAUAAUAUCCCAAAAAUUUUCAGGUGACAUUAUGAACUUCCGCGGCCCCAUCUACCGCCACAUGUAUCAUGGAAAUGGCUAUUUCACAAGUGGCCAUGCGGUCAAUGAAGCAGAAGAAAUUCUCCAGCACCAUCUUUACAAGCGGAUGAAUCUCAUUGCCGGAGGCACCGGGAUCACGCCGAUCUGGAGGAUCAUCAACAAGACGUUGAAGAAUCCGUUUGAUGAGACGCAAAUCCGCUUGUUGUUCGCAAACCGAACAGAAGAUGACAUUUUAUUGAGGUACAGUGAAGGACUUGAUCCAGUGGCAAAAAACGUAUCAUUUUGCAUCCGGGAAGUAUCAAAAAUCUGGCAAAAUGCCUCCCUCUUCAACUAAAAAAACUCCGUUUUGAACUGCGCGCCUUUUUCCUCACAAAAAGCGACAGCUCCAUCAGAUUGGGCUGGCGUUGCACGCCACUUGAUUUUGAUAACGUUUGCGGGCACCGACACUUGCGGCAACGGGGUGAAAAAAAUUACUGCGAUCUUUUGGAAAUUUGCCGACGUUUUCGGGCAACAGAAAGGGAGAAACACUUCCCGACGGACUUAUAGUACUGCCCUCUGCUCCCCAAAUACUUCAGCGCAGGACAACCUUACGAAUUCCACGUUCCAGAUCGGAUCUAGAGCGUCUGCAACGCCAACAUCCGCAACGCUUCCGCCUAACGCACGUUCUGUCCCAACCCGCCGCCGAGAGACCUUGGGCCGGCCACAUUGGACACAUCAAUACGGACCUCAUUGAUAUAGCAUGCUUCCCACCCGAUGACUGUACCGGCUUCAUUGUUUGCGGCCCUCGAGCGAUGACGGAGAACGCGGUGCUACCGGCGUUGGAAGAACUGGAAGUGGAUGACGAACAUAUCAUUGUUAUGUAA